CACCCGCAACUUUGGCCUGAUUUACCUAAGGGUGCUUUGGGCAAGCCUCCAAAGGCGCAGCCGGGACAUGGCAGCAAUAGCUUGUAGCCAACCCUGACGCAAGCGCUUGGUGAGGGGAGUUGGAGCUAGCUUCCCCUCGUCUCCCGUCUGUCUCUCUCUCCCUCUGCGCCGCGCCCGUCUGUUCCCCCUUUGGCUUGCUGCGCAACCCACCUCUCUCCCUUUUCUGGCACUUUGCGCAACAGCUUACCCCUGGACCUCCCACACAUCUGACCAACAACACCCCCGAUCUUCCACCCGUCUCCAGCUGUUCUUCCUUCUUUUCCCCCCGUAUAACACCCAUUUUUUUUUCACCCGCACCUGCUACUCCUCUUUGCCGGUUGCAGUUCAACCAGCUCUGUCUAGCCAUAAACCCUACCAAUUGAGUUUUACUUCUUCUAUCAUUCACCAUGUCCCGCAAGAGAAAGCAAGAUGAGGAGCUUGUUUCUCUCCCCAGCGAUGAUGAGGAGGAAGAAGAAUAUGUGAGCGAGGAGGAUGAAGAGGAGCACGACGACGAGGGCGAAGAGGAAGAAGAGGAGGAGGAAGAUGCAGAGGAGAACGGCGAUGACGCUGGCGAGAAUGGCACGACCGACCAUGCCCCUCCAAGCAAGAAACAAAAGACAGCCGUCGCUUCGGAUGAAAAGGCGCCCACCAAGGAGGUCGAAGACGACGAUGCCGAAGAGGAGAAUGGUGAUGAUGCUGCCGAGGAGAACGGCGAGAACGGCGAGGAGGCCGAAGAUGACGAGGAUGCAGCCGAGGACGCCGCAGACGACGUUCCUGCCAAGGAUACUCCCGCCAAAGUCUCCAAAGAAGCUGCCGAGGAGGGAGACUCGUCUGCCGAAGUCGCUGCGGCUGGUGGCGACGAUGACAAGGCAGAUUAGGCAGGAUGCUUGCUGUUGCCUACUCAAGAUUUUUCCUUUCUCUUGCUCCGAUCUUUGCAAUUUACCUACCUAGCUUUGUCUGCUGUCCACAGAAAGAAUUGCGCAGAUUCUGUUGCUGAAAACAUGCAACCUAUUGUUUUGCCCUUGGUAACAGCAACGA